CUACGAAAAAUGCAGCUAUUUCUUUACGAAAGCACGGAUGAAAGUGAACCCAUGAAAGAACUAGGCAGGGGUAAAAGAAAAAGACAGCCAAGGCUUCCAGUUGAUUAUGACGACCUGGCUGGGAACGGAACAAGCAGUGACUCCGAUGAGAGCUAUGAGCCACCAAGGCCUCCUACCCCACCGCAGCGAUGCCGUAAGUUCUCCAGAAAGCCUGAAGUAUGUUCUGCCAUGUAUGAAAAGGUUAAACAACCUUCAAAAUCUGGAACAGCAGCGUCACAGUCCCCAGGCAAGAUAUCAAUUCUUUUCAUGCAAUAUGAGCAGUUCUAAGCAAAUUUUU